UAUUCUCUCUAAUUCCUUCAUCCCUCCCACUUUUUCAGCUUGAUCUGCCCCUCUCCGUUGCACAGUGUCUACGCUCUCUCUCGUUCUCUCUCCCUCUCUCUCACACACACUCACUCUUUCGCUCUCGCUCGCUCGCAUGCAGACCGAGGGAGAGGAAGGGAUGAACGAGGUGCACACAUGUGAGGAUCUCCUCAACUGCCAGAGCAAGGCAGGACUGGCUACCAGAGAAGACGAAGAGGAGGAGGAGGAGGAGGAGGAGGAGGUCUAGAGGAAUACUGCAGUGACCAUCCAGCUUCCUUUUCUUCAGAGUUCUCACUCUCCAUCUCUCUUUGCUUCACUGCUUUCAUCCCCCCCAGCCCCUCCUCACCGCCCUGUCUUCUUCAUCCACUCUUCCCUACUGCUAGCUACACCAUGAAGCCGCCUGCUGCUUGUUGCUAAGGGGGCAGCCAACCGGGGGGAGCAGAGUGAACCAGGCGUUGUUUUUGUGUUUUCAAGAUCUUACUGAAAAUGGCGGAAGGGUCCAAAGAUCAGGGAGCGACUGGCGCCGCAGAACCAGAGGAAGACUCCCCCAAUAUGAUUGUCUACAGAAAGAUGGAAGACAUCGUUACGCGGAUACAAGAUGAGAAAGCAGGAGGAGUUGCCAUCCGGACCGUUAAAAGCUUCCUCUCAAAGAUCCCGAGUGUGGUAUCAGGGGCAGACAUUGUUCAGUGGUUGAUGAAAAACCUCUCCACUGAGGAUCCAGCUGAAGCCAUCCACCUCGGCAGUCUGAUCGCAGCCCACGGCUACAUCUUCCCCAUCUCUGACCACGUCCUGACCUUAAAGGAUGACGGGACCCACUACCGCUUUCAGUCUCCAUACUUCUGGCCUUCAAACUGCUGGGAACCCGAGAACACAGACUAUGCCAUUUACCUGUGCAAGCGCACCAUGCAGAAUAAAGCCAGACUCGAGCUUGCAGACUACGAAGCAGAGAACCUCGCUCGGCUGCAGAGGGCUUUCGCCAGGAAGUGGGAAUUCAUCUUCAUGCAAGCCGAGGCUCAAGUCAAGAUCGACAGAAAGAAGGACAAGGCAGAGAGGAAGAUCCUGGACAGCCAGGAGAGGGCGUUCUGGGAUGUUCAUCGACCAGUGCCAGGCUGCGUCAACACCACGGAGAUGGACAUCCGCAAGUGUCGGAGAGAGAAGAACCCACACAGGGUGAAAAAGUCGGUCUACGGAGUGCCAGACGACGGCCAGAGCCAACCAAGUCCAAUCCACAUCAGUUCCCAGCCGAGCAGGAAGCCCACCAAAGAGGAUGUUCAGAAGGAGAUAACAUUUUUGAACAUCCAGCUUGACAGACACUGUAUGAAGGUUUCCAAAGUGGCCGACAGCCUGAUGACCUACACCGAGCAGUUCAUGGAAUAUGACCCCUUUGUAUCGGGCGUGGAGCCCUCGAACCCAUGGAUUAGUGACGACGCCACCUUCUGGGACAUGGAGGCAAGCCGUGAUCCCAGUCAGCAGCGGGUGAAGAAGUGGGGGUUCUCCCUGGAGGAGGCGCUGAAGGACCCGGCGGGACGGGACCAGUUCCUGAAGUUCCUGGAGUCAGAGUUCAGCUCAGAGAACCUGCGGUUCUGGUUAGCGGUGCAGGAUCUGAAGCGACGGCCGCUCCAGGAGGUUUCCACCAGGGCCCAGGAGAUCUGGCAGGAGUUUUUGGCCGAGGGAGCGCCGAGCUCCAUCAACCUGGACUCUCACAGCUAUGAGCGGACCAGCCAGAACCUCAAAGACCCCGGGCGAUACAGCUAUGAAGACGCUCAGGAGCACAUAUUCAAGCUCAUGAAAAGUGACAGCUAUGCACGCUUUUUGCGAUCCAACAUCUACCAAGAUCUCCUGUCAGCCAGAAAAAAGCAGCCAGCAGACACUGAACAAGGUCGUCGCACCUCCUUGGAGAAGUUCACCCGCAGCGUGGUAAGUCAUUUGGAGCUGCGGCUGUUCAUAUCACAGAAACCACACUGGCUGGCUCACUAUCAGUGGCUUUUGCAAUUACAACCAUAUUACACUCUGUUGUGGCUUUCUAAACGUGUGUAAGCAUGUGUUUGUGUGAACGAGAGAUUAUUACAGUGACGUGAGUGAUUGCGCCAAAGUAAAUCUCUGGGUCCUCCCAUAUUAGAUCAAUCAGAAGUUUCCUCCUUAAAUUUUUUGAUUGUAUUCAUUUUUUUUUUUGGUAAACGUGAUUUCAUGAGUUUUGAAAUAUUUUAAAAUACUUUAAACAAUGAUUAAGUCAAGGUAUUUUUUUUAUUUAUUUAUUUACUCACGUUAAGAAAAUGUAAUUAAUUUUCUGUCGUUUAAAAUAAUAAGUGUUGAUACUGAAGCAAUUUUUUUUUAUUUAAGAAAAACUGCGGUUGUAAAAUGAAUUACAUUUUUUGAAAAAUAAGGUCACAGUCAACCAGACUAUACACAGAACAUAAGACAUGUAUAUAUUUUAAAGGAAAUUAAUUUGCUAAUUUAUUAUUUAUUUUUUAUAUUUAAGCUAUAUACAGUAAGCAUGAUGUAACAAGCAUUCAAUGAAUUUUAGACAUUUUAUUCUGCUUUACAAUUAAAUUAGCCAUACUAGAAAUAGAUCUUUUUUUUUUUUUUUUACUAUUUUUGAACUGUUUUAUGCUUGGACUUUGUCUCAACUCCAUUUUAAAAACACUGAAACAUAAAAACCUUCAUACUGCAAGCAGAAAGUAGAAAUAUUGUGAGCAAAAUGUUAUUGUUUUUAUUGUUUUAUAUAGUGGACAUUUGUAUAUGACAUUGAUAAAUAAGAUAAACAGUUUUGUUCCAAACACAAAACCUGACGGAUGCUGUAAUACCCAUUUGUAACUAGCAGCAAGUAUUUAUUUCACUUCAAACAUUGAUACCCACUCAUUCAACUUAAAACUAUACCUCAAAGUACCUUUUAAGCACCUUAAUUUGUGUACUGAUUCACAUUCAAGUUAUAUCAUCCUGGCCUCUAUGUGAUAGGUGACUGCAACUUAAUAUAUAAUAUUGUUUUCUCCUUGAUGAACGUGGAUUAAUUGCCAUCUGGAAACAGAAGAACACAAUAGAAAAUUUGAGGUGGGAAAUGUUUUAAGAGAUUAGCGGCUUUGUAGUUUGUAGAUUACUUCUCCUGUCAGCAUAUCAGACUCCUAAUGAUUUCUUUGUUAUUACUACUUUUUUUAUUUAACUUUCCAGGGGAAGUCUUUGACGGGAAAGCGUCUGACAGGCCUUAUGCAGUCAUCCUGACACAGCCUGUCCUGGAGAGCCACGAUCAGACCCUGCAGGUGGGCUGACAGCCACCCAGGGGCCGGGGCAGGGGCGCGCACUGCGGAGCCGGGGCGCACAGGGCUGCCGUGGAGGCUCUCGGACACUGCUUCGAGGUCUGCUGCUGUUCUGCUGCUGCAGUGCUGGAUCUACUGGGCCGAACCACCCAAACAGAACCACUGCGGAAGAGACGAUGCCUACAAGACGAUCCUCAGCUAAUGAAUCACACGGCAUGCGGUGUAAAAGAAAAAGCACAUUCAAACUAAUACUGCCCUGUCUUCGUCACCCAGAACGGCAAACGGUUGUCCGGCUUGACUUGGCUUAUUCAUUUUAUUGUUUUCAUAUUCUUUCAUUUGUGUUUUCCACAACACUUUGGGGCCAUAAAUGUUAAAAGGAGGUGUGCAUCUGUUCUCACAAGGCAGUCAGCAAUAAAAACAAACAAAUCUGAAACAUUGAAGAAAAGUCCACCCAGCUUCUUUUGAUAUCUGUAAAUCAUCCAUCAUAAUGUCUUUAUUGAAGUAAGUAAGAAAAGUCUGGUGAUCAGUAAGAGUACAGACCCUCAAUUUAUACAAAAAGCAGAUUCUUCAAUCUUCACUACAUUCCAAAAUCUGACAUAAGGGCUUAAUGUAGCAACCAUACGGCACUGAUGCAUGUUUCAUCCUGAUGUCCUCGUUGAGAGUCACGUUUUAGCAGCGCCGCUUUGUAAUGAGACCUGUGCCUAUAAGGUGGGUUUGGUUGACUGCUCGUAAACUUAACCAACUCCAAAAGUCUGCGCGAAUACCUUAGAGGCCUAAAAGCGUGACUCACUAGUACGGUUAAGUGAAACAUUGUGAUUUGAGCUUUUAGUGUCGCAAAAUAUUUAGAAAAUAAGAUCCGUAUGCUGCCGGGGUCAGUGUUUUAGAGUAGUG